AAAAAAUAUGGCUGCAAUCAAUCAACGUUGUUGCGCUGGCACCAUGGGGUAUGCGCGUCGCGCGCGCAAGUCUAUGCAGAGCAGCAGCAUCUUAACACUACGCAAGAGAAUGAGCUUGUGAAGUAUAUAGACGCACUCUGCAAGCAUAGCUUACCACCUACAAGGGAGAUAGUACGAAAUUUUGCAGCAGAAAUAUUAAAACAGUAUGUUAAAAAGUGCUGGUCAGACCGCUUCAUUGAACAACUCCACAUCCACCUCCUCUCUUAA